AUGCCCGACACCUACACCAAGCUGCCCCUCGAGGUCGCCACCUUCUCCGGCGACUCCAUGCUCAAGGCCCAGGCGCAAGCCGCCUCGCGCGUCGAGCUCAACGCCCCCGGCUCGUACCCCCUCGGCGGCACCACACCCCCCGUGUCCGAGCUCGCCCGCGUCGCCCGCCGCAUCACCAUCCCCGUGCGCAUCAUGAUCCGCCCGCGCGGCCCCCCCGCCGACGGCUCCCCCGACUUCGUCUACUCCCCCGACUUCGUCUACUCCCCCGCCGAGGUCGACCAGAUGGCCCGCUCCGUGCUCGCCUUCAAGCGCUCCGGCCUGAUGGAUCCCCUCCGCGGCGACGGCUUCGUCUUCGGCCUCCUCGCCCCGCCCGACCUGUCCGUCGACCGCCCCAGCUGCCGCCGCCUCGUGCGCCUGGCCCGCCCGUACGGCUGCGUCUUCCACCGCGCCUUCGACCGCCUCGCCGCCCGCACGCGCGGCGGACCCCUCGACCCCCUCGACCCCCUCGACGCCCUCGACGCCCUCGUCGACCUGGGCUUCCAGGGCGUCCUGACCGCCGGCGGGCCCGGCCCCUGCGCCGCCAACGUCGACACCAUCGCCCACCUGUGCCACCGCUGGGCCGGGCGGCUGCAGAUCGUGGUGGGCGGCGGCCUGCGCCACCACAACGUCGCGGCCGUGGCCGGGAGCCUGACCGGCUACGAGGACGACGCCGUCUGGCUGCACACGGCGGCUCUGACGGGCAGGCCCGACCAUCCCGACGAGGAGAUUGACUCGGACGAGCUGGUCCGCUUGGUGACCCAGCUGGGCUCCGUGCCUGCGCCGUGCGCCGCCGCGGGGAGGACUCGCGACCCGCAGGACAGGGCGUUUGAUUCCUAG